UUUGAUUGUCAUAAUGAUCACAGUGACAGUUUUUCUGUCAUGUGCACCGGUUGGUUGUUUGAAAAAGUGUAAUUUGUGAUGUGUUAACUGCAAAUAAUGUGAUUAUCGUGUAGCCAAUAGCUGAGAACACUUUGAAAUCACUUCUGAUAACGAUCGCUGCUGCUUAUUAGUGUAAAUAAAACAAAAAAAGUAGCGCAAUCCUAUUAAGUCUAAAAUCACAAAUAUUGCAUGCUCAACUCGUGAAUACAGGCCAAGAGUGAAAAAAGUUCUUAAAAGUGUGCAAAAUAUAUAACAGCGAGGUGCGGAUAGCAUAUGUUGAGAAUAUAUAAAGAGUAUAGAGCAGCAGUACGUUUGCAACUUUUAUUACUGUGCGAUAGAGUCAAAUCAAGGCAGUGUCCGUAACAGAGGAAGUAAAUUUGUAUUUGCGAAAAUUCGCAACGUUGUACACGAAAAAGAACGGACUUAUUUUUACAGCCAGGAUCUGCUGGCAACAUUUUUGUAAUAAAAACUUUUACCAGGGUAACUUCAAUUGAGUGAUUGUAAAUACAUUGAAAUAUUUUAAGCAAUGUACAGCAUAGUGUUUUAAAAAAAAUAUUGGUGAUUGAAGGCGCAAGACUGAGUGUGUGAUUUUGAGUGUUUGCCUUCAAGCUUGUUUGCUCUUUGCUGUUGACAGAAGCUGUUAUUGUUGUUCGAAAUUUCCUUGCUUUGUUGUUGUAUCAAUAUGGACCUGUUGUGCACUGAAAAUUUAAGGAAUGAUUACGACUGUGAAAUACCGUAUGUGCCUACGCAGACGCGAGCACAUACCUGCACCCAGUCAGAACCGCACCUGAAAUCGCAGCCACCCCCCACAACAGCAGCCCAAGCAGCAGUAGCAAAUGAAGCAGUAGAAACCAGACAGGCAGAUGAUUACAUACCAAAGGAAAAAUUACAACACACAAAUAUGCGAACAAAAGCAAUGCCUGGCGCACCCUCGCCCUAUUCGAACUCCAGUUCGUCACUCUUAUCACCGGGUUCGAGCUCACCCUCGUCUGGUUAUAAUUCGGCAGCAAGUAAUAGUUCACAUGCACAUCAAUCACAUAUGCAUCAUAGCCACCAAUAUCAUCAGGAAGAAGACGCACAAAAGCAUUUACAACCAGAGUAUCGGCAUCAGGAGCAAGAAAUAAAACCACCACACUGCUAUGAAGACCAACAUGAUGGCAACAAUGCUAUAUUUUUAAAGUCGGUGCCAAGUCGGGAUUUGGGUUUCGUAAAUAUCGCCACAGUGGAUCCGAUAUUUCUAACCGAUCGCUGUUUGGAGAAUGUGUUAAAAGCAGAAGAAAAGCUGCCACAACCGGUUUGCACGUAUUUCAAGACGGUGCAGAAAGACAUCACACCGCCUAUGCGCAAAAUCGUCGCAGAAUGGAUGAUGGAGGUUUGUGCCGAAGAGAAGUGUCAAGAAGAGGUGGUGCUACUGGCGCUCAACUACAUGGAUCGCUUUCUAUCGACGAAAUCUGUUACAAAGACACAUCUGCAAAUCUUGGCGGCGGCCUGCCUGCUAUUGGCCUCGAAAUUGCGAGAGCCCAGCUGUCGGGCGUUAUCUGCCGAACUAUUGGUAUUCUACACCGACAACAGCAUAUACAAAGGCGAUUUGAUUAAAUGGGAAUUAUUCGUGCUUAGUCGACUCGGCUGGGAUUUAUCAUCCGUGACGCCUUUGGACUUUCUUGAAUUGUUACUAAUCCGCCUGCCAAUUAUGAGUAAAGAAUGCCCAGAUCUGAGCCUCGAUAAAGUAAGACAACAUGCGCAGGCCUUCAUAUGUUUAGCAGCCAAAGAACAUUAUUUUUCAAUAUAUUCGGCCAGUACUAUUGCCGCCGCGAGUAUCGCCGCUGCCCUGAGCGGUUUGAAUUGGCAUUUACGCACUGGACUAAAAUUGCGUCAUCUAUUAAAUUUGUUGACCGAUUUGACCAGCAUUGAACAGGAAUGUCUCUAUGAGUGCAUGUUAAAGAUGGAAGCCAUUUUCGAAGAGCACAGUCGCAAUCUACAGCCGUACAGCACCGAGGAACCAUAUCAUCAACAACAACAUCUGCAAACCGAGCAGGAUCAUCAUUAUCAGCAACACCAUCAUAACGAGCAACAACUGCCACAGGAUUUACACCAUCACAAUCAUCGUCAUCAUCAGCAGCAGCAACAACAACAUAGAUCAAAGAAUGCCGAACAACAGCAGCAACACAACAACAAGCAUCAGCCACAAGCAAUGGUGGCCGAGCAACAGCAAAAACAGCAGCAGCAGCAGCACGGCUAUCAUCAUAGCACCAGCAGUAACAAUAACGGUGUUAUAAGCGUUGGUAAUACAUCCAAUGUUAGCACCAUUCUGCCUGAUUUGACACAAAGUUGUAAGUUCUAAGUAUGAAAUAGAAGAAAAAAACAAGAAUCUAUAGCAAUAUGGCAUUAAAGGAAUUGCCUCGCGACUUGAAAACCUCGUUCUUCAUAUUCUGACAUAUUUGAAUGUUGAAUAUUAUUUUGAAUUUUAAGCUAUCUCAGCAUUCUUUUUGGAACGCAACAUUUCUUAAAGCAUUUUUCUUUAAAACAAUACAGAAUUCCAAACUGCUUAUUGCAUAGAAAAUAGUUUUGAGCGAAGCCUACAUUUAGGCGCAUAUGCAAAGGCUGUUCAGGCUCAAAAGGCUGUGCAAAUUGAAAACACAGUUGUAGUUGUUACUCGCUAUACAAGAAAGGAAAAAGUCAGUUAUUGUUUGUUAGGUACUCAUGGUUUCCAUAUACAACACGUUUGUUUUUUUUGUGAAAGUUUUCCUUCUACUUGCAAGAAAGUAUAAACUAUUACUCGUUUAUGCUGUUAUUAUUAACUCUUAUCUACUUUAAAACUAUCAAAAAGAAAAACACAAACAAAACAUCAAACUCUUGUCAGUUUAUUUACCUACAUUUAUACUUAGUUAUAUAAGUAAGUUAACCAAAAUUUUCAUAUGGAUUGAAUGAAUGAUUUAGAAUGUAAGCGGAGAUGUACUAAAUGAAUUAGUAUUGCGAAUGAACACAUACAUAUACAAGUUGAUACACA